AGAUUUCUCUGAAGCAUAAUCUUCAAGAUGAAGUUCUUACUAGCGAUUUUAUGUUUCAUCUCAUUCUCCUUAUGGGUUGAAGAAGUCUAUUCCAAAGAGAAGUCUUCAAAGAAAGGAAAAGGGAAAAAGAAGCAGUAUCUAUGUCCAUCGCAGCAAUCAGCUGAAGACCUUGCAAGAGUACCUGCUAAUUCUACCAGCAAUAUCUUGAAUAGACUAUUGCUCAGCUAUGAUCCCAGGAUAAGGCCUAAUUUCAAAGGAAUUCCAGUUGAUGUUGCGGUUAACAUCUUCAUUAACAGCUUUGGGUCAAUUCAAGAGACAACUAUGGAUUAUAGAGUUAACAUCUUUCUAAGACAGAAGUGGAAUGACCCCAGACUCAAACUGCCCAAUGACUGGAGAGGUUCAGAUACACUAACAGUGGACCCAACUAUGUUUAAGUGUCUUUGGAAGCCAGACUUAUUCUUUGCAAAUGAAAAAAAUGCUAACUUCCAUGAUGUCACACAAGAAAAUAUCCUCCUUUUUAUAUUUCGGGAUGGAGACGUCCUAGUCAGCAUGAGAUUGUCUAUUACGCUGUCAUGCCCUUUGGACUUGACCUUGUUUCCUAUGGAUACACAACGCUGCAAGAUGCAAUUGGAAAGCUUUGGUUACACAACUGAUGACUUACGGUUUAUCUGGCAGUCUGGAGAUCCUGUACAGCUAGAGAAAAUUGCUCUGCCUCAGUUUGAUAUUAAAAAGGAGGAUAUUGAAUAUGGUAACUGUACCAAGUAUUACAAAGGCACAGGUUAUUACACUUGUGUAGAAGUAAUCUUCACUUUAAGAAGACAAGUUGGAUUUUACAUGAUGGGUGUUUAUGCUCCUACACUGCUAAUUGUUGUUCUAUCCUGGCUGUCAUUUUGGAUCAAUCCUGAUGCAAGUGCUGCAAGAGUCCCACUGGGUAUUUUCUCAGUGCUCAGCUUGGCAUCUGAAUGUACCACUCUUGCGGCUGAACUUCCCAAAGUGUCUUACGUGAAGGCCUUAGAUGUCUGGCUCAUUGUUUGCCUUCUCUUUGGGUUUGCAUCUCUGGUGGAAUAUGCUGUGGUUCAGGUAAUGCUAAACAAUCCAAAGAGAAUUGAAGCUGAAAAAGCAAAGAUUGCCAAGGCAGAGCAAGUGGAAGGGAAGGGUGGAAAUGCUGCCAAGAAGAACACUGUGAAUGGCACAGGGACUCCUGUUCACAUCAGCACUUUACAGGUUGGUGAGACCAGAUGCAAAAAAGUUUGCACUUCGAAAUCUGAUCUGAGAUCCAAUGAUUUCAGCAUUGUUGGAAGCUUGCCAAGGGAUUUUGAAUUAUCAAAUUAUGACUGUUAUGGGAAGCCCAUUGAAGUCAACAAUGGGCUCGGGAAAUCUCAAGCCAAGAACAACAAGAAGCCUCCUCCUCCCAAGCCUGUCAUUCCAUCAGCAGCAAAGAGAAUUGAUCUUUAUGCAAGAGCACUCUUUCCUUUUUGCUUCUUGUUCUUCAACGUCAUAUACUGGUCCAUAUAUUUAUGAUAAAUCUUUUUUUUUUCAUGUGUGUAAAAUAUAGCCCAUUUCAUUAUCCCUUCCCAGUCAUGAAGGCCACUGUGUGAAAUUAUUUGCAUUUGCAAAGCAAUAUGUUGCAUCUUGAUGCCAUGCGAUUGUACUGAACAUAUGGCAUCUGAAAUUUGAAUGAAAGCAUGACACUGCAAUAUCUGUGCUCUGACCUACUUUGUAUAUAAAUGUACAGCAUACAUCCUGCUUUAGGAAUAUAUAUGAAGGACAAUUCCUACUACAUUAUAAAGCUGAAAAACACUCUUCAAUUAUUAGUAACAUACAGAAAUUUAAAGUGUUUCUGACAAUGAAACUGAUGUGCACGUUGAGUAUUAUUAAAUCAGUAUUCUAGUAUAUGUAGUAUUUAACAGCUUUUCUGAUGACUUCCAGAGGGAAAGUAAACACCCACCAUACAUCUUUUUAUUGUAUGAUUUCAGCUGGCACUGUUGAAGAAAAAGCUAAGGUGUAAUUAUUACUAUUUAGACUUUGUAAGGGAGGGCAGUGUCAAGUAAGGAGAUCUUGUCUAUGAGGAAAAAUAAAGAUCAGAGAACUACUAAUUAUGUAAAAUCAGCUCAUUUAGGAAAAAACCCCAACAACUGUGUCCAUGAAGCCGGCACAGUUAAGUGUGUUUGAAUAUGCUGGCAAUAAAACAUCGGGGCAAAUUCUAACUGCUGUUUCUUUAGGCACUAGAUACAGUAGUAUCUAGUUGCUAGUAGUUUCUAGUUUAGAAACUAGAUACAGUGCAGAAAAAACAAAAGGCCACUUUCUGGACUAAAGGUAUCAGGAGUUUUGAAGAGGCAUCACAAGAUGCAGCUCAGUAUCAGGUUUGUUAUACAUUUUUACAUUAGUUUGUCCUAUGGCUCAACUUCUGAAGCAUCUGGCCUGCAGUAUGUAAGUCACAAUUUUUUUGUUGUUGCAUUGGACAUUUCUUUCUUGAUUUGCUUUUUUUUAUUCCCUUGAAAGUUUUCAUUUUAAACAAACCAGUUGUCAAGACAAAAUUGCAUUUUCAUCAAAAAUUAUGCCUUUUCUGUUUGUGUGCUAGCUAGCACACAGCCACCAACAGGAGUGAAAACAUGUCCUAAGAUUAACGGCUGCCAUCACCGACCCAUUGAUCUUGCUGCUACAUUUUGGAGAAUAAGGUUCUAUACAUGAAAUAGUUCUGAUAGGAAACUGCUUUCCAUUUUCCAGAGGAAGCUCUGUGGUGUGGAGACCACCUUAACAUGAGUUCCUUGGUGUGCAUAGGGCAGGAGCUGUGGUCUCCUAUGCAGUGUUAUGAAGGGCACAUCCCCUCAUAAGGGCGAGUCAUGAGAAGAAAUGCAGCCAAAAAAAAUCUGCAUGUAGGUAGGCAUGUGAGUAGAGUGUGUCCCCUGAGAGCAGGGACUUGGCCUCAGCCUCUGAGAGCGUGCCAUACACAUCUCUGCUGGUAGAGAUGGGGCACCACAACUAGUUUCAAUAUGAAAAUAAGGUGCCUCUCACUAUCUUUGCAAUUCAUAAAGGGAAAUCUGAACUGUUGGCCCCUCAUAGGCUAGGAAGGGACUGGUUUAAAUAAAUACAAUUCUUCCAUAGUGUAGAAACAAACAAUCCCACUUGUUGUGCUACACUUCUAGCAUGUCCAGGAUAUGUUGAGCUAAUGCAGGCCACAAUGUUGGAUCACUUGGGAGUUGCCCACAACAAAUUGUCCAGAUACGGCGAUCCUGCUCAACCAGAAGGUCAAAAGUGGGAAUGUAAGAAGAGGAAUGGCACACUGGCAUCACUGGACAUCUGAUAAACCUGCACAUCCAGAUCUUUUUCAAACCACUGCCGCUUUGGGAUCAACAGGCUGGCUUCAGUGACUCGUGUUUGGAUUGAAGAGAUCUGCUCUUCACGGUAUGGUCCCAUUCCACCAGCUUCCUGUCCACUGUCUCAUGGAGGUUUCAGGCAGCCACUCUAGCCAGUGGUCACAGUUUGUCCUUUGGAUUUCUUUCCGAUCCAAAGAAAUGGAAGGCAAAUCCCAGACGUUAUUGAGCUGUGUUGAACGAGGGCUGAAAGAAAUGAUAUCUUUAAGGUCUAGCUCAAGGUUUUAAUAUUUCUGUUAGUUGAAGGCAAUUCCAAAAUUGUCAGAGACCUUAAGAAGCAAUAAGGAUAAAUGAAAUAAAAGAGAGGAAGGACAGAAGGGGGAAUUUUUAUACAUACAGAAUGGUAUAUUUAUAGACAUUAUUUAUUCUCAUACUUGUAUUUUUAUUAGAGUACUGGAAGGCAAAAAAAUAAUUACCUUGUGUUGGAAAUUAUAUGAAUUUUUGGAGAUAAUUUUCUUGUUAGAACUCUUA